GCAGCUAGCGGUAGCAGCCCGGCCGCAACCACGCGCCCCCGCUGGCCGCGCGCUCGCGGCGAUUAUUAUAUAAAGUUAUAAACCCUCCCUAAUCCCCUCGAAAUCCUCCCCGACCAGCUCGCUCGCGCUGCCUUAGACUAAAGCAAAGCACACGCACACAGCCAGUUCUUCGUCGUGAGACAAGUAAGAUUCGAGAGCAAGAGAUCGAUGGCCUGCCGGGUGGCCGCGCUCGUCCUUCUCCUCGCGCUCGCCGUGGCGCUCGUCGUGGCGCCGCCUCCGUGCGCCGCGGCGGCAAGGGUGCGGCUGCUUGCCGACGUACCACGCGCCACCAGGGAGGCGCCGGGCUACGACAAAAUGGAUGGUUCGGCGGCGGCGGCGGCCGGGAGCGGGUUCCGAGGAUCGCCGCCGGAGUUCGAUGGCAAGAUGGCGGCGGUUGGCAAUGCCGCGGCGCGGGUGAUGGGGUCCGUCCCGAGCCCCGGGGUCGGGCACUAGCAGCUAGUAGUUGCACAGUACUCCUGCACAUACAGAUUGCCGACAUGAUUUUAGCGCUAUUUUAUUCUUCAUUAAUUUGGUUUAGCUCUGUGUGUUCUUCGAGUGAUUGCAAGUUGAGUAAGCUAAGAUAGGAAGGAAGUUUUGUAGGCCCAUGCCCAUGCGUGCUUUAGACGGUCGAGCUACUAGCAGCUAGCAGAUGCAGCUGUCGCACGCCACGUCUCGUGUUUCUACCACUUGUUGCCUCGUCUUUGUUUGCUGCUAGGUUGGGGAGGGUGCUGUCUCUGCUUGUGUUGUCUGCUUGUACACACUAGCAAUUUCAUUCACUGAUUACUACGUGAUCACCACUUGAUUGAACAUCUAUCGAUCAUCAGUUCUCAUUCACACGUA